GGCGGAAGUCAGUUUGUUGUCGGUAUGUCCAUCACCUGACAAAGCUCUGUUCUUGGACACACGGGAUAUGAUCAGAUCAAAUAGGGUUAGGACGCGAGGGGAAUCUUUUUGCUGUAAUGUUUAAGGGCAGUUUACUAAAAUAAAAUAAACUUUUCAGAUCUGCAAUGAAUCAUGAAGAGGAGUCGAGGCCUCUUCUGGCAGAGGAGGUUACUGAACAGGGAGCAGAGGACAGGUCCGAAACUGAUGCCUAUCUGGACAAAGUGAAAAAUGGGAAGCUGUACAUGGCCACGUUUGCAGCUGUUCUUGGUCCGCUCAGCUUUGGCUUCGUGCUUGGCUACAGCUCUCCUGCUAUACCAGAUCUGCAGCGAAUCCCUGACCCAAGGCUCAGACUUACUGUUGAAGAAGCUUCGUGGUUUGGGUCUGUGGUGACGAUUGGAGCCGGUCUCGGAGGUCUGCUGGGAGGCUGGGUGGUGGAUAAGAUUGGCCGGAAGCUGAGUCUCAUGUUUUGUGCUUUGCCAUUCAUUUUCGGUUUCACCAUCAUCAUUGCUGCUCAAAACCACUGGAUGCUGUAUGUGGGACGGGUGCUUACCGGUGUAGCCAGUGGAGUUACAUCUCUUGUUGUGCCUCUCUACAUCUCAGAAACAUCUCAUGAGCGUGUACGAGGAACAAUGGGCUCCUGUGUGCAGCUCAUGGUGGUGAUCGGAAUCAUGGGAGCCUAUGUUACUGGUCUGUUCCUGGACUGGGGAUGGCUGGCCGUCACCUCCUCCAUUCCCCCUACGCUGAUGCUGGUGUGUAUGUGCUUUAUGCCAGAGACUCCACGCUACCUGCUGUCUCGGGGGAAGAGGAGAGAAGCAGAAGACGCACUGCGCUUCCUUAGAGGACAAGACACGCCAGUCGAGUGGGAAUGUGCCAGGAUAGAAGCAGCCUCUCGAUAUGAGGACGGAAGUCUCAGUCUGGCUGAUCUGAAAGACCCUGGUGUGUUUAAACCUUUAGGAGUGGGCAUCAUGAUGAUGCUCUUGCAGCAGUUUACAGGCAUCAACGCCAUCAUGUUCUAUGCAGAAACUAUAUUUGAACAAGCUCACUUCCAGAAUGGCAAUGUUGCGUCAGUGAUUGUAGGAGCCACUCAGGUGAUCUUCACAGCAGUCGCUGCUCUAAUCAUGGAUCGAGCAGGAAGAAAAGUUCUGCUCAUCCUGUCAGGUGUUGCCAUGUGUGUGAGUGAAGCAACGUUUGGUAUUUAUUUCAAGUUGUCUGUGACAAAGCACAGUAACGCCACGCUGUUCAGCACAAUCAUGGAAGCCCAGGAUGCAGUCAGUGAAGCGGCACAUGCUGAUCUGUCCUGGCUCGCACUUACUAGCAUGGGCAUUUUUAUAACAGGUUUUGCACUGGGUUGGGGGCCUAUACCAUGGCUCGUGAUGUCUGAGAUUUUUCCCACCAAAGUUCGAGGGCUCGGAAGUGCUGUGUGUGUACUCACUAACUGGACCUGCGCCUUCAUCGUCACCAAAACCUUCCAGAAUAUCACGGAUCUCAUAACCAGUGCAGGGACGUUCUGGAUGUUCUCGUGUAUCUGUGCCCUCAAUGUCAUCUUCACUGUCUUCUUUGUCCCGGAGACUAAAGGCAAAACACUGGAAGAGAUUCAGUCACAUUUUAAAGGAACUCACUCUCACUAAAUGAAGACUCUUUACUCACUGCUAGCACCAAAGUAAACAUUUUGGACAUCGGUGGAUUUCUGAAACUUGAUUUCUUGUCUCCAAAGACGAAUAGAAUGGAAACUAAUGGGAACUAUUUUUAAACUUGUCUUUCUAAAGAAGGUGCUAAUACGGGGAAUAUUGAAAAAUCCCUUAGUACAGCUGUACCACGGCUUACAUUUCUACUUUUAUUUGUUUUGAUAAUAAAUGCACUUGCUCUAUUAAAGUGUAAUAUCAUCAGAUUUAUAUCUUCUGAUGUUUAUCUGCUUCAGGGAUCUUUACAAAAUGGCACUUGUUUAAAACGUUAUGCUACACUAACUCUCAACUUUUCAUGAGGGUUAAGUUCUGUGAAACAUCAGAUGAAGGUACAGUAAAUAACAUGGCAGAAUUGUGGGUUUAAUAAGCUAAUGUUCCUCCAACUACUAAUGAACUAAUGCUAUACUUUAAUACAUGUGUAAAUAAUGCCUUGUGGUAACAAUCUUUCCCAAUAUUUUGUUGUUUGUUUUUGUUAUUUGUUUGUAUUUGAGUAAACUAAUCCAAACUCUA